GAAAAUCUCCCGCUCCUGUCCAUAUAUAUUUCACUAGAGAGAGAGCCGUUUGUAGAGAGAGAAACCAAACACGCCGAAGAAGAAGCCAUUUGCAUUUGCAGAGAGAAGAAGAAAAUGGCCACCAACAUUGGAAUCAUGGAUGCUGCUUACUUCGUCGGCAGAUCUGAGAUCCUUGCUUGGAUCAAUUCAACUCUCCAACUCAAUCUCUCCAAAGUCGAAGAGGCUUGUUCCGGUGCGGUUCACUGUCAGCUUCUGGAUGUUGUUCAUCCCGGGAUCGUGCCUAUGCACAAGGUCAAUUUCGAUGCUAAGAACGAGUACGAUAUGAUUCAGAAUUACAAGGUGCUUCAAGAUGUCUUCAACAAACUCAAAAUCACUAAGCACAUCGAGGUCAGCAAGCUAGUGAAAGGAAGGCCUCUGGAUAACCUGGAGUUCAUGCAAUGGAUGAAGAGAUACUGCGAUUCUGUCAAUUCUGGACUUCAGCACAAUUAUAAUCCUAGGGAAAGGAGAGAGGUAUGCAAGGGAGGUAAAGAGGCAACCAGAAAAUCUGCGCACUCCCAAUCGUCGAACAAGGGUUCUACUGCACAGAGGCCUCCGUCUUCCCACAAUUCUCGAAGAAAUGAGGCAUCUGCUGCUGCAAACCAUGCAACUCAGGCUGCAAAGGUUGCUAAACCUUCUUCUGCUGCGGCCCCUGCUUAUGAUGAACAGAUAACGGAGCUGAAGCUAUCCAUUGAUAGCCUUGAGAAAGAACGGGAUUUCUACUUUGCAAAACUGAGAGACAUUGAGAUCCUGUGCCAGAUUCCUGAGAUAGAGAAUUCACCAGUUGUUGCGGCUAUGCAGAAGAUAUUGUAUGCUACUGAUGAUGAUGGAACAGCUGUGGCUGAAGCUCAAGCCAUGCUUUCUGCUGCUCAUGAAGAAGUCGAGCGGUUGAGCCCCAUUGCUGAGGUUUCCGAGGAGAAGAGCAGUUCAGAAACUCACAAGAGAAAGAGCAUUUCCAAUCUUGAAUUUGAUGCUGCUGGCGUCAAGAAUUUGUCUCCCAGACAAAGGCUUUCUGAUGUCUCAGAUGUUCAUUGUAGCGAGUCACCUCUUAUGACUUGUUAAAGAGGGGAAGGGAAACUAUAGUUUUGUGUUUCAAUGGAUAUGAAUUUCUAUCAUGAUUAGUGGGUUCCAGGGACUAUUCAGCCAUGAAUAUGGUAUUUGAACCCGGAAAAAUAUAGUCAGACUUAAGAUUUCUUGCCUUAUAAGAAGAAUAUGUAGUUGUCUGAACAAUUAUUUGUUUAAAAUACAACUAAGUAAUUUCCAGCAUUAUUUAAUUUUUCAGCACUUCUUGUUAUUUA